GUGCUUAUCCUUAUCAGUCUGUGAUUUGUAUUUUCAGCUGAUUUUAAUUUUUAAUUUUUUUGAACAGAAACCUCACAAACAAUACAAAACAUACGUCGAAUAGAUAAAAAUCAUUGAUAUUCUAGGAAAAUUGCCUUUAAAUUUACGUUAUAUAGUUACUAUGAAUGCCGUAUACCAAAAGGAUGUACAUUUGAAUCAAAAUGUACCUACUACAAUUCUUUUCUCAAAACAUAUAGAGUUCCUCACAAAUUAUGGAGAACACAAAGAUAAUUAUGAAGCUACCAUGACAGAAUAUCUGAAAAUGUCUGGAAUGUAUUGGUGCCUUACAGCCUUAGAAUUAAUAAAUUCGUCACCUUUCCCCAAGUAUAAAAUAGUAGAAUUUAUUAAAAGCUGCCAAGAUCCAGAUUGUGGAGGAAUUAGUGCUUGUAUUGACCAUGAUCCUCAUUUACUGUACACCUUAAGUGCUGUACAAAUUUUAUGUUUAUACGAUAGUUUGGAUGAAAUAGAUGUUGAAGGUGUUAUCAAGUAUAUUGUUUCGUUGCAGCAACCUGAUGGCAGUUUUGCAGGUGAUAAAUGGGGGGAAAUUGAUACAAGAUUUUCAUUUUGUGCAGUUGCAACACUGUCACUUCUCAAAAAAUUAGAUGCCAUAAAUGUUGAAAAGGCUACUGAGUUUGUUAAAUCUUGCAUGAAUUUUGAUGGAGGAUUUGGUUCAAGACCUAAUUCGGAAAGUCAUGCUGGACUCAUUUAUUGCUGCAUUGGAUUCUUAUCCAUUGUUGGAAGGUUAGAUAUUGUACAACAGGAUAAUCUAGCUUGGUGGUUAUGUGAGAGACAAUUACCAUCUGGAGGUCUCAAUGGAAGACCGGAAAAAUUACCAGAUGUUUGUUAUUCAUGGUGGGUCCUAUCUUCAUUAGCUAUACUAGGCAAACUUCAUUGGAUUGAUCGCAAUGCUCUCAAGAAAUAUAUACUAGCAUGUCAAGAUGAAGAGACUGGAGGAUUUGCAGAUAGGCCAGGUGAUAUACCUGAUCCUUACCAUACACUUUUCGGACUUGCAGCUUUAUCGCUUAUUGGAGAAGAUUCAAUCGAAGAAGUGAAUGCAGUAUUUUGUAUGCCACAGGCUGUUAUAGAUAAACUAGGGAUAAAAACUCAAAUGCUGAAAUAAUUCCAUAAGAUUUUGUAAUGAUUUUUGAUAUAUUUCAAUCUGAACAUUUUCCGUUUUUUUCAUAUACAUUAAUAAGGGAUUUAAAUAUUUUUAAAUAUGUAAUGAAAUGAUACUUGUGAAAAUAUUGAGAUUGUUUUAUCCAUAUCUCUCUUUGAAUUACCUAGCAUGUAAUAUUGAUAUGACUUAUUGUACACUAAUAUAGAACAUAUAAAACAG